AUGGCUAAGAAAUCUUCAAAAAUAUCGGUGCAGGCUGGCCCGGACUCAGAAGCAGACCCCGUCUCAGCUGCAACACCCAGCAUAAACCCGCCCGAAAGCCAUGAUACUUCUGGACGAAAUGGGCACCCUGCCCUAAUGCCUAUGCGAUUGAAAGUACUAUAUAGCAUUGACGACCUGUUACCCAACUGUCUCGCCCGAGCGAAAGAUGUCGUCCACGUCCGUGUCGCCCAUCUCGACGAGAACACCCCAAUUGGAUUCGUGGACCUCAAGACCUGCGUCCUCAAUAUCGUUUAUUCGAGUCCCGAGAUUAUGCAUCACCAAGGUUGCGACUACUCUGUCUAUACAUACGACUACUCGGAGCCGGAUACCCCCAUGACAGGAUUAGGCCUUCUCUCCUGGGUUCUUUCGUUACCGACACUCAAUGGACAACAACCAGAUCCCGAUGCCAUCGAUCCUGCGCAGGCGAAUCGGUUAGUUACUGGACGGGUUCAGAAGAAUUUGCUGGGGAUAUAUGCUGGAGAUGUUAGGGAGACUCUGGAGGUUAGGAUGAGGCUGUGUAGGGUGCCCACGCUUCGACAGGUGGAUUACAUCAAUCACAUGAACCAGUAUUCACAGCUGGCUCAGAAUAUCCCGCCUGGUGUUGACCCGGCAAGUGUAUGGACGAAUGCCAUGGGACAGAAUGGGAUAGGUGGCCAAUAUGCUCAGCAGCAACAGCACGGGGUGCCCGGGGGUAUGCCAUACCCGUAUGUACCCCAGGGGGUAGGCUCAUACCAGCCAAUGGGGCAGUUCCAGCAACCCCCACCCGGCCAUAUAAGCCAACCCCCCCAAGGGUACCCCCAACCAUAUCCUCAAACCCUCCAGCAACCUUACCAGAACCAACCCUCCGCACCUCUUCAACAAUCUCACGGGACGCAGGCCCCCAGCCCGGCGAAUACCCAACCCCAGGGCACCCAGCAGACUGAUACACCAGAGGGUGGAGCUCCGGUAGCACCUUCAAUUGCUGAAGGACAAUCACCGGCGCCAUCAUCAUCACAGGUCCCACAGGCUCUAGAUAGCCCUGCACUAGCCAUUGGCAGCGGGGAACAGCAAAAGGCCGAGCCAAACACCGACUCCACCCAACCCGCAGCAAAGAAGCGCCGAGUUUCCACCAAGAAACCCACAGGCAAGCCCAGGGGGCGCCCCAGGCUAACGGACAUAAAAAAGUCAAACACCGAUGUUCAACCCCCGUCUCGGGAGGGGCUUCCGCAGGAUCCAGCUGCAGCCGAUGCUGCACCAGUAGCUAUAAAACAGGCGCCCACCCCUUCCUCGGUUGCACCCUCUCCUAGUCUAACUUCCGUUUCCACAUCCAACCUUAAUCUCACUUCUGGACCUAACACAUUACCUCCAGACUCUAAUGCUGGUUCUCCUCAUCCUUCUUUGUCUCAAGCUACACCCCUGCCACCUCUUUCGUCAGCAGCACCUUCACCAGCUACGCUUGUCACUGCCGUCUCCGAAGCUGGCGAUAUGACGGCACGACUUACAACCAUGUCACCACUCAAUGAGGAUAUUGAAAUGACACAAGAUGUUUAUAAUGAUGCUGAUACUGAGAUCGCAGAGUCACCACGUGACAGUGAUGUUGAUUCACUCUUCAUUGGAUCUUCGCCACCACCCUCUCACUCUGAAUCCGCAGAAAACAAUGAAACGUCACCAGCCCUAGAAACUUCACCAGUUCUCCCUCGACAACCUAGCAAGGGUUUCUUCCCUAGUCAGCCACGCCAAUCGAGUUUCGCCCUCCAAGAGGCCCUUGGUCGUGAUGAAGCUUCCGAGGACGAGCUAGCCCUUCCAUCCGGUGGUGGGCUUUUGUUCCCAACUAUCAAAGCAUCUGACAAGCAGGAACGAGAUAAGAGUUCGCCACCUGAGAAAGUGGAGUCGCCCAAGGAUUCCCCCAAGGAUUCCCCCAAGGAUUCUCCCAAGGAUUCUCCCAAGGAUUCUCCCAAGGAUAUCGACGAGUCGGCGUCUUCGACAUCGCAAACGGUUCUACCAAGGAAGCGAGGACGGCCACCAAAGAAUCCCGAUCUCAAAGCCGACCCAUCGAAGAAACAGAAGGAAAAGAAAUCUGUACUCAAGACAGAUCCUUUACCAUCCGAUGGUCCGAUCCCAACUUCACCUGUGGAGCAGAAACUGGAAAACAAGUCGAAAUCGAAGAAAUCGUCAUCAGUGCCCAUGUUAGUUGUACCUACAACGAACCUGCCGUCAGGGUUAAUUCUCCCAACACCCCUGCCGAAAGAGAAUGAGAAUUCGCGAAAACGAAGAGCUAGCGAUGCUGGUUCUGAUAAUGAUGUCGCCCCCGCGAAACGAGGCUCGACUACUGCUCUAGUCCGUGCACGGAUCGAACGUCAAAUGCUUGAGAAGAUUGCCGCUGGUGAGAUGCCUACAUACUGUAUGCACUGCGGAGCCAUUGAAACGCCAACAUGGAGGAAGGCGAAGGUUAUCAUGACAGAUCCUGACUCCGGCGCCGAGGUCGAGAGGGAAGUCACAUUGUGCAAUCCCUGCGGACUAUGGCAUCACAAUCAUGGGACCAUGCGACCCGACCAGUACUGGGAUAAGAAGGAAGGGGACGACAAACCUCCGAAGCCGAAGAAAAAGAAACAGAAGAAAAGAGUUUGCUUGGCCCCCGAAGGGUCAACAGUCGGGAGCGGGAUGGUUGUAGCACGCCAUCAUCCGUGUCCGUCGUCGCCACCGGCUCGGAAUAUCGGAGGCCACAGGGCGACAAGCCCUCCCGGUCCAGAUAGGGAUGGAGAAUGGGACCAAGUUGUCAAUAAGAAUCUUAGACGGAUUCAGUCAAGUCCCUGCGGACUUGGAACAAUUUCAGAACCCAUCAGCUUACUCAGCCCCGACCAGAAGACGCGGAGGAAACUCUUCCCGGAAGCGAAGAAGUCGCCUACUGGGCUCGAUGGGGUGCUGACCCCUGGGACUGAAGCAGGAAGUGAGAUGCGAGACCCCAAAAACGAGUCUAUGUCCCCGGUCUCACCAGAAGAACCCGUCGGCAGUCCUGAGAUGGAGAAGGAGAACAAUCCACCUCCAGUUGAUAACGCCCUCAUGGAACUUGACUGGGAACGGGAGCUCGAGAGGACAUUGAUGGAGGUGAACGCGGAAGUGGAGUCGGAAACACAAGAUACGCCUAAUGAAGAGACCGAGGACGUCGGGACUCAGAGCCCCGACGAUGAUGACGCACAAACACCAAGACCACGAACACCUGUUAGCCAGAUGACACCGGCUAACCCUGAUUUUAAGACACCAAUCAGGCUCACGCCGCUCCUCGCGAGCAUUAACGUUGAUAGCCCGUCGUUCUGGAAGUCUGGGAUGUUAGGAGUCGCAACGCCUUCUGGUAAGCUCGUUAGCGGACAUCCGACGCCUACACCCAGCAAACUUUUAAUGAAUAUGAAUAUGAACAUCGUCAGCCCAGCUACCGGGGAGAUUAUGCUCGAGUUCCUCAACGAAUGGAAUAAAACCGAAGAAGCCAUGAGAGCUAUGUCCCCGACCCCUGCUAACGGAGCAGAAGAUGAUAAUGACGAUGUAUUUUUCUCGGAGGUCAAUUUGCAAGCGGUUGAGCAGGAAUUAGGGUUGACGUCCGAAGGGAAUGCCAUGCCAAGUAGCCCACCGGCAAUGUUCAACCUUUACGAUGAAGAGCCAGCUUCGCUGGCCGAUGGAAUCAGUUCGAGUCUUCUCAGCGAUGUUUUGCCGACAAGCCCGGGGAACGCAACAACAUAUACUCUGGAUGUCGGAGACGCGCCUGCAGAUAAGGAAGUUGCCGAUAAGGAUAACCUUGAGGCUAUCGAUUUGAAUUUCGACUUUGAUUCUGCGCUUGUUGUUGACUUUUCGGACUUGGUCGCCAGCGGAGCAGCUGCGAAGGUCGCCGCUAUUACGAGCGCCAAUGCAGCCGCAGGUGGCACGGAAGGUGGUGCAAUAGUUGCUAGCGAAAAGAAGGAGUCUUCAGAGGACGAUAGUUCGUCUAGUGAAGGCAAGUAG